AUGGAGAGCAUGGGGGGCGCCGCCUCAUCUGACCCUGCCUCAGAAAAUGGCACGGAGACGAUCGAACUGACGACUCGGGACAAAACAACUGAAGCUGACGACCGGAAGGGCCCCGACCUUGUUUACUCACCCGCUGACGACUCGGACGGCGACUCUGGUGACGAGGAGGAAGGCAAUCGUGCUCUGCUGGGUUCUCACAGGGGAGAACAGGAGCCCGAUGGGCGCACGACCCCGAGCAGACUGAGUACGUGGGCCCAGAUAAAGAGCCUCGUCAUAGAAACCUCACCCACCCUCCUUAUAACUACAGCCCCCGAGUUGUUCACGGGCGAACUGUUGGCCAAUGUCUCCCACUGGAAAGCCAUGUCGCGCGUGGACGAGCUGAUCAUAAUCGUCCCGGUCAUUCUUAACCUGAAGGGAAAUCUCGAGAUGAACCUUUCGGCCCGCCUGGGUACCGCUGCGAACAUGGGCGAGCUCGACGACCCGUCAAAACGGAAGUCGAUCAUUAUUGGAAACUUGACGCUGCUGCAGGUGCAGGCGACCGUCGUGUCCUUUGUCGCAGCGUGUGUCGCCUUCCUCCUGGGUCGUGUAAUACCCCGACCUGCUGAGGAGGAAGCAGCUGAGGCCGUCCUUGCGGGUAACAUCACUAGCUCUUUAAUGGCCAGCGCUUUGGAGGCGAGGACGCCACGGCCGGCCUUUCCAGGUGGUUCGCCAACGUCUGGCUUUUCAGAAUUCGCGAUGGUCGCGUCUGCAGCGAUGACAUCCACUUGUCUGUCCGCCUGCGUGUUCGGAUCGUUCAUGUGCACCCUGGUUGUACUAUGUCGCCGGUUCGGGCUCGACCCUGAUAAUAUCGCACCGCUCGUCGCGUCCUGUCUCGGCGAUCUCGUCACGCUGACAAUCCUGGGUCUCGUCUCCGCGUUACACCUUUACAUUAUCGACACCGUCAUCCCGCUCAUCCUCAUAAUACUCCUCGUCGCGGCGGGUGUGGGCUGGACGAUCCUGACGCACCGCAAUGAACAUGUCAAGCAUCUGCUCACGGAAGGAUGGCUGCCCUUGUUCGGCGCGAUGAUCAUCAGCAGCGGGACAGGCCUCGUACUGGACAGGUUCGUCGGCCAAUACAUCGGCUACGCCCUCGUCGCGGUCGUCGCCACAGGCCUUUCGGGGGGUGUCGGCUCCGUAUUUGUCUCCCGCCUCUCGACGGCGCUGCACGCGGCGACCUCCGCACUGCCGACGGUGCUGUCCGACCUGCCAGCGGCAGACGAAGCGUACGAGAAGAGCCCGCACCCCAGCCCGCGCCUGGUCAUGGUCACCCUCCUGCUCAUCAGCCUCCCCGUCGACGUCGCGUUCCUCGCGACGGUGUUCGCGUUCGGCUGGCUCCGGCUCUCCGUCCUCUUCAUGGUGCUCCAGCUCGUGUUCUUCGGGCUCACGGUCGCGGUAUCGCUCCUUCUCGCGCGGGUGACGACGGAUUUCCUGUGGACGCGCGGCCUCGAUCCGGACGUGUGGGCGCUGCCGCUGAACUCGGCGCUGGUGGACCUCGUCGGGCAGCUCUUGCUGGUGUGCUGCUACGAGAUCGCGGCGCUGCUCGGCGCGCAUGUGCGCAGCUAG